AUGUAUAAAACUAUCCUUUCUUCUCCUUCCAAUGAAAAAAAUGAUGGGGGAUGUAGUGAUUCGACCGGACCUUCGUCGGAGGAUGCCGGAGGGAGUCCGACCGACCCACGGGGGGGUCGGUCGCCGGCCAGCGGGGCUGGUUGCUCGACCAGCCCUGCUGGUCGACCAGCUGGUCGACAGUCGACCAGCCAAGGGGCUGGUCCGUCGACCAGCCAUAGGGCUGGUGCCAGCCCGAAGGCUGGUCGACCUACGGCCAGCCCGAAGGCUGGCCGUCUACCGCCGUCCAUUGAUUCUCGUGGUUUGUCUGGUCCUUCGAUCCGCCCUUGUAGUGACUUGCCCCCUUCAUCUAGCAAAUCCCUUUAUGAUAGUGAUAGUGAAACUCAUUCAAUUGACUCUCAGCCAUUUGUUCCAAAUCUCCCAAAGAGACACAUUGGUUCUUUCAAAUCUCCAGGCCAAAACUUGGAAAUCGGGCGUGACCCGGCCGGUGAGGUUGUCCCCUUAGAUAUCCCAAAAAGUUAUAGUCUCUACAAUUCGCCACUCAAGUUAGAAAAAUGUCUAGGAAAGUAUGACCGGGUUGAUGAUUACGUCUAUAGAGCCCCCGGUCCUAAAGAAAAGCUCCCCGGGUCCGACCCCCGUGAGAUAGCCAUGUACAAGGAUGUUAUGGACGGGGGUUUUCGGUUCCCCAUUCAUCCCUUUUUUGUAUCGAUUUUCAACGAGUUCCACCUUACUCCUAGUCAAAUUAAUCCUAAUGCAUGGAGAAAAGCGUUAUAUUUUUUGUACGUCUGUCUUAAAAAGGGAAUUUCACCUUCCAUGGAUCUUUUUAGGUGUAUCUUCGAAAUGCAUGAGUUAGUUCAAUGUAAUGCCUUUGUCUAUUUUACCACUAGGGUACCUAUGCAAUUCCCUAAGUUUAGGAAUUCAAAUAGCGGAUGGAAGUCCCGAUUUUUCUUCGUCCGGCCUUCAAAGGGUCAGUUUUCUUUUAACACAAAUUGGCGACACUCCCAAAUUCGUCUCUUCAAUAGCCAAGUAGAAGCUACUCCCUUUCUAGAAGCUCAAAUCCAGGACUUGGUUGAUGUUCCGCCCCUUGCGCCUGACUUAGGGUCAGUCCUUACCAUGAAGAACAUGUUGAAAGUGGGGAUGAGUCGUCCAAUUGGUAUGGACUUUGAUCUUGAUGAGGUAUUGAGGACUCUGCCAAGAGGAGAUGAGGGCCUUACCCUCGUUGAUGGGGCCGAGCUUGAUCUGGAAGGAGUCAUGGACUCCAUGCCUGACCAGGGGCAAGAGGGUGAGGUGGAUCCUUUGCCUAUCCCUUCAAAGAGAAGAAGGGGAGCCGACCUUGGGAGAAAGUCUCAGACGAUCAACGAGACUUCUCAGCCUUUAGAUGAGCCUCGUGAUGUGGUUCCAGCUCCUAGGCCGGGAGCUCCUAAUCGUGCGUGAUGUGAGCGUGAGGACUCGCUUCCUAGCUUUGGGUUUCCUCCCACCCGGGGCUAUCAUGAGAUGGGGGUGCUUAAGUCGUUGGUGACCCCUGCUCGAUCCAGAGCGAUUGCAGGGCGCAACGCAGAUGACAUAGAAAGGGCUGCGGCUGUUUAUCUUCAGAGGGUGGUGGCCCUACAGACCGGACUCGCUGAGUCGAAUCGCCGCCUAGCCUCAGAACUGAAAAUUCUUACCGAAGAAAACAAAAAGGAGGCUCAUCACCACAAGAAGAAAAUAUCAUCCUUGAGGAAAUCUCUGGAGAUGUCGGACGCUCGAGCUCAUGAGCAAGAGACGGAGAUCGACAACUUACGCUCUGUUUUAGCUCGUGCUCCUGAAGAGGCGGUUGAGAGGUAUAAGGCCUCAGGUGAGUAUGCUGGAGAUCUCAAGGCGGCUGUGGAUCAGUAUAAGAUAUCGUCCGAUUAUGCUAAGGCUUUGAACUCAUACGGGGGGAAGGCGAUGUCUGCAUCAAUUAAGCUCUCCAAGGAGUGGAUUAUGGCCGAACAUCCUUCUAUAGACCCCUCCGGCUUGGAUAGAUUUCUCGCACAGCGCAAGGGGAAGGAGAGCGUAGCUCAGUCAUCCAGAUCACUUGGUCGUUCAUCACAAGGGGGUAGUGGGGAUGUCUCCCCUUCGAGCUGAAGCGUUACUUAGUUGUUGUUUUCCUUGCUAGUUUUUCCUUUUUAGUAUUUACUUUUGCUCAGCCUUGUUAUCUCCUACUUGCUCGGGAUGUGGGCAAGAAUUCUUCGAAUGUAUAAACACAUCUUUUAUUCGAUAUUAUUGGCGCUGGA